CGCGUGGACGGCGGAGCGUUGUGUGCGUGGCGAGGGGGAGUGGAGCGCCACCACGCCGAGGGCCGUGGACGGCUCGGCGGCUAGCGUGCAGCCGGUGAUCUACCAUGAAGGAGGGCACGCCUGCCGAACCUAGGUCAACCCCGAGGUCAGCGGAGGCAGCCGGCGGCGGCGGCGGCGGCGGCGGCGGCGGCGCGGCCCCCGUCACCAACUUCGAGUACGACGACAACGAGUGGGACGUGGGCAUCGGCGACCUCAUCAUCGACCUGGACGCCGACAUCGAGAAGAACAACGACAGCGCGCCGACGGCGGCGCCGGCGGCCGGUGACGGCGCCAAGAUGGGCGUGCGCGCGCAGCACUCCAGUUCCAUGGACAAGGGGCUCAAGAUGAAGAUCAAGCGCACUUCCAAGCCGGGCCGGUCGUCCGAGGCCAAGCACGAGAUCGUGCACGUGGAUAGCGCGGCGCGGGCGGCGGCAACGGCGGCGGGGGCGGGGGCGGGGGCGGUGGCCGGCGUGGCCGAGCCCAGGGUUGCAAAAGUGGUGGGCAAACGUGCCGUGCACAAGAAAGAGCGCCGUGACAAGGACGCCGUCAAACAGGAGAGGUGCGAGAACGGCGUGAGUGGUGGUGAACGCCAGGAGGACGGGCCGGCCACCGAGCACGAGGAGCCCGCGCCGUCGCCGCCGGCCAAGCGGCACAAGACGGAUUCCCCCACUCAGGGCGUGUCGGACAUGUGCGUCGGCACCGACGGUCACGUCAGCCAGGGCACGCGCAUGGAGCCCGACUGCCUGGGGCCCUGCGAGCCGGGCACCACUGUCAACCUGGAGGGCAUCGUCUGGCAGGAGACGCACGGAGGUGUGCUGGUGGUGAACGUCACGUGGCGCGGAAAGACAUACGUGGGCACGCUGCUGGACUACACCCGCCACCACGACUGGGCCCCGCCGCGGUUCAACGACUCGCCGACGGCCGAGCUGGAGACUCGCGCCGGCAAGGGUCGCGGGAAGCGUGGCCGAGGCGCCGCCUCGCUGAGCGAGACCAGUGUGCCCGAGACGCGUGCCUCGAUACAGAGCAAGCUGCGGAGCCAGGGCAAGGGCCGGCGCGGCACGGCCAACUCGGCCGGCGCCGGCUUCACGGCGCCGGCCAGCCCCGCCAAACGCAAGAGCCGCGCCGCCGAGCGCGAGCCGCCGGCCGCCGAGCGCUCGGCCAGCAAGCGGAGUCGAACCAACUCGCAGACGAGCCAGCCGGAGCCGGCAGCGUCGGCGCCGGGCACGCCGGAGCCGGCGCCGGCCACGCCCUCGCCGGCGCCGACGCCGACGCCGGCGCCGGCGCCGGCAUCACCGGCGUGCCAGACGCUGAUCGAGUGCCCCGAGCCCAACUGCUCGAAGAAGUACCGCCACAUGAACGGCCUGCGCUACCACCAGAGCCACGCCCACUCCAACGGGCUCAGCGAGGGCGAGCGCGAGACAGGCGAGUCGUCGGCGCCCGACUCGCCGGCCGCCAAGUCCCCGCCGCCUCCGCCGCCACCGCCGCCGCCCGCCGCCGACGCCGCCAAGUACAAGCCGAAGAGCGGCGCGGUGCGUGCGGUGGCGCCCGGCCUGCCGGUGAUCGCAGUGGCGCCCUCGGGCGGAACGGCGGUGACUUACGCGCAAUCGGUGUCGCACCUGAAGCCGAUCCAGCCCAAGCCGACCAUCAUGGGCGAGCCGGCCGCGCUCAACCCGGCGCUCGAGGCGCUCCGCAAGGAGAAGGAGCGCCCCAAGAAACGCAAGAAGGAGAACGGCCCAGAGACCGAACGACCGGCGUGCGACGGCACGGCCAGCCCUGCCUACAGCGACAUCUCGGACGACGGCGAGCCGAUGGACACCACUUCGCGGCCGACCGCCGCCGCCGCGGGCGGCGGCACCGAGAAGAAGGAGCUGACAGGUGGCCCUGGGCCGCCAUCUAGUGUGUACUACCACUCGUUCUUCCAGACGCCGGGCGCGUACGUGCCGCCUCCGGCGUCUUUGAAAGUGAAGGGCGCCACGGCGGGCGCCGGCGAUGGGAAGGACCGCAAGGAAGACGCGGCCCGCGGCCCGCCGCCGCCAGGGUCGGACUACCCCGGUGGUCAGGUGCCGUACUACUCGUACCCGUACCUGCCCGGGUACCCGUACCCGCCGCUGGACACUGCCGGGUUCCCGCUGCCCGUCAUGCUGGAUGCCAAGUACAAAGCGCCGCUCGAGGCUGAGCGCGAGCGACUGGCGGGCAGCGGCUCGGACCGCCGCGACGUCUCCUCCGACAGCGACUCGGGCCGCGCGACGACAAGCGGCCGAUGGAGGCGGCGGCGGCGCGCGCGGCCGCCUUCGGCUACCCGCCGUUUGCGCUGCCCGGCCUGCCGUACGGGCCCAUGUUGCUGGGCGGCGCGUACCACGCCCGGUUCCCGGUGA